ACGGAAGUCCCGGCCGUCUCAGGAGAGGCAGCACGGAGCGGGGGAGGGGAGACACAGCAGCCGGAGGAGGCAGAGACAGGCCGGGGGAGGAUGGCCGGGCUCCGGGUGUUGGAGUUGUACAGCGGGCUGGGCGGGAUGCACUGCGGCCUGACAGCAAGUGGGGCAUCAGCGGACGUGGUGGCAGCUAUAGACGUUAAUACUACCGCUAAUGAAGUCUACAGAUAUAAUUUUCCAAACACUCCAUUAUGGCCCAAAACUAUAGAGGGAAUAGCACUAAAAGAAUUGGAUUCCUUAUCGUUUGAUAUGAUCUUGAUGAGUCCACCCUGCCAGCCAUUUACACGGAUAGGCUUACAAGGUGAUGUGUCUGACCCCCGAGCAAAGAGUUUCCUGUAUGUUUUGGAAGUCCUGCCAAGACUUCAGAAAACUCCAAAAUAUAUUCUUCUGGAAAACGUGAAAGGAUUUGAAUCAUCUGAAGCACGAGGCACCUUGAUCAAAACUUUGCAGAAUUGCGGGUAUCAUUUCCAGGAGUUCCUUCUCUCCCCAACAUGUCUCGGCAUUCCAAAUUCAAGGCUGCGGUACUUUCUGAUUGCUAAGCUUCAGUCAGAGCCAUUUGCUUUCCAGACCACCAAUAAAAUUCUUGAAACUUUUCCUAGUACAAAUGAAUCAGAGUCACCAAGAACUGGCUGUGAUCUGGGUUUGGAAGCGCACUCGCCGACAGACACCGAUGUGAAGAAAGCUGCAAGCAGCGCCCAGUCUCCAGAUGGAGGACUCGUAUACAAGCUGGAAACGGCUGCGGAGCUGGAGAGAAAACAGAGUCAGGACAAUGACUCCUCUAUGGAGACUCUACAAGACUUUUUGGAGGAGAACACUGAAGAGAUCAGCCAAUACCUUCUGCCUCCAAAGUCAUUACUGAGAUACGCUUUAAUCCUGGAUAUCGUUAGACCCACGUGUCGAAGGUCAACUUGCUUCACAAAAGGAUAUGGGCAUUAUGUAGAAGGAACGGGUUCUGUCUUACAGAUGGCAACAGAGGUCGAGAUCAGCUCUGUGUAUAAAUCACUGGAAACAUUGCCUGACGAGGAGAAACUCGCUAAACUUUCCACAUUGAAACUGAGAUACUUCACACCGAGAGAAAUUGCUAAUCUUCAUGGAUUCCCAGCAGAUUUUGGUUUUCCAGAAAAGAUAACAUCAAAACAGCGUUAUCGGCUGCUCGGGAACAGUCUGAAUGUUCAUAUCGUUGCCGGACUCAUCACCCUCCUACUUCAGUCGCAUUGAUUCAGCUUCAAGGAUCAACCGGACCCUAGACUUCUUUUUAACCCAAAAUAUUUUUUUUUUUCAAA